GAAAUGCCAAGACAUGGCACUCUGAUAGCAGCUUGGUGGGGCACCUCGCUUCGAAAGUUACUAUCGAGAAAUCGCAAAUCCAUACCCCGCGAUGACGGAUCUCCGAACAUCGUUUACACAAAGACGAUUACCAUCUCUUCCACGACGUACCGAGGGUUUAUAGACAUCAUCCAACUACCCAAAGUCCCAUGAAUAAUUUAUCAACAUGCCGCUCAUCCUCAUAACCGGCCUACCCACCUCGGGCAAAUCCACACGCGCCGCUCAACUCUACGACUACCUGACCGAGCGCAUCGCCGCCGAGUCCUCCACAUCUUCGAGUUCCAAAUUCCGCCUGCACCUGAUCUCCGACCAGAGCCUCUCCAUCUCGCGCUCCGUCUACGACCUCGACCCAGCCCACACACCCGCACACGUACGCUCCGCCAAUGCCUCGGAGAAAGAUGCGCGCGCCGCGCUCUACGGCGCCGUCAAGCGCGUGUUGUCUCCCAGGGACAUAGUCAUUCUCGACACGCUGAACUACAUCAAGGGGUGGCGGUACCAGCUGUACUGCGAGGCCAAGAACGUGCAGACGCCGUUUGGGCUGGUGCAAAUCGGCUGUCCCGUGGCGAGGGCGAGGGGGGUUAAUGAGGCUAGGAUACGGAGGCUGGAGCAGCAGGAGCAAAAUGCGGACACCACAACAAAAGACGACUCGACGACAACAACACAAACAUCACAAACAAAGGCAGCACCGAAAUCCGGCGACCUCCACCCAGAAACCUACCAACAAUCCCACCAAAACUGGCAACAAAAACAAUUCGAAUCAGACCUCAACCAGCCCGACUUCGAAGACAUUGCCCUUUCCCCCACCGAUUCUCAAGAGCCAUUCCUCCCCCGCUCCAACUGGGAAAACCUCGUCUUCCGCUACGAGGAACCCAACCCCAUGUCCCGGUGGGACUCCCCGCUCUUCAUCUUGACCUGGGACGACACGCCCACCGACACCCAAAAAGUGUUUGACCAGAUCUGGGACGAAGUAAUCGUCAACAAACCCCAGAAACUGAUCCGGGCGAAUAAGUCGACGGUGCAGCGGGAUAAGGAUCCCGGCGGGGAUUACUUGUAUGUUCUCGAAAAAGAGACGCAGGAUAUUGUGAAGCGGAUUUUGGAGCAGCAGGCUGAGGUGGGGGAGGGCGGGACUGUGAGGUUGUCGAGGAGUGGAGGAAAAGAGGAGGGGGAGGAGAUGUUGGAGGUGGAGUUGCCGGGGAAGAAGGUUGGAUUGCCGCAGUUGCAGAGGUAUAGGAGGGCGUUUGUGGCGCUGAACAGAGGUGGGAUUGGGUUGGAGGCGGUGGGGACGUUGGCGGCGGGGAGGUUGAGGGAGAGCUUUGUUGGGUAUUUGAAUGAUGCUUUUGAGAAGGAGAUGUGAGGAGGGUGGGUUGUAGAUACCGUAUGGUUGGAGAUGGAGGAUGCUACGGAAUCAUAACCAUGAAGCUCCACUCACCUUCUUCUCACAACACAUCACAUCUUGCGCCCCAUGGAUACCCAAUAUCAAAUCAAACAAAACCAUUGGCAUUUGACAUGCUACCCUGUAUUCAGAGAGUUGAAUCCUGUCAUCUAGAUAUCCUUGUUCCGCUUCAUGUAACCCGUUCCA